AUGGAAGACAAUGACGAGGCUAUGACGACCAAAAUAUUUGGAGUCGAUGAUUUACAACAGGAAGAUGGGACAGGGAAUUCGAUCUCUUCGAAUCUGGCAAUGGUGUUUUCUAAAUUGCCUGAACUCUUGAUGAAAAACUCCAAAAGAGAAAUGCAGAUGUAUCGAGAGGAAGCUGUAAAACGGUCAAAAGAAAGAGAAAAGCAGAAAAGACUACUCAAUUCUACUCCUGGAUGCUCAGCCCCAGCACAUUCUCCCUCUGGGAAUGCAAGCAAAAAUGAUAGUCAUGAUUUCUAUGAUUCUCUGGAAUCUUCCCAACAAGAAACUGUACUAGCUCAAGCCCUUGCAUCAGCUGUCAGCCCUCAGUGUCCCACCAAAGAUGAUCAACUAGUUACUACUACUACCACCACCACCACGAGCAUACCUGUUGACAGUUUGUCUUAUGUUGAUUGGAAACACACAGAUGUAAUCAUGAAUUCCUUCUCUGAUCUUGGCUCUCUUGAUGAUGGUUCUUUACCCACACAAUUGCAUGGAAUACCUCUGACUUCAAAAUCAGAACAACAAAUAACUCGUGAUCUUUCCACAUUGAGUAAGCAUCUACCAGAAUCUUGUAGCUCUGCGCCUUCUGAACUUUGUGAUUUGAGCCUGGACCUGAAUUCCAGACUCACUGCAUUGUCUCCUACAACAAAUCUCCUCACUGCCCCCAAAUGUGCUUUUUCGUGUUCUCCCACUCCACUUUGUCUUACUUCAACAUCCUCACCACUAAGUGAGCUCAACUCUGAUCAGAAUCCUGCCCAUGCCCCAGAAAAUGCAUCUACCAACAUCCAAAGCAAUUCUGCACAUAUUUUUAAAGCUCCUAUCUUUCUUACUGAAGACAAUGGCUUGCACUUGUCUUUGAAGAAACAGAACCCACCUUCUGUUUCUUGUUCUCCCUCAUUAAAAGAAAGUCCUGUUGUAAAUAAACAACCUUGGAUAAUGAAUUCUCCCCUGAUUGCUUAUGUGACCAAAAAACGUCCUAAGCCUGUAGGUAUGUGCUCCCUAACAAUCAAACCAGACACUUCAAACAAAGUUCAGCGUGUAAAUAAUGCCACUUUUACAAUUGUUAGAGGAAAGCAAAGUAUUCAGGGUGAUGAUGACCAGGAAAAUGAUGACAAACCUCCAUUGAAGAGACCGGUUAUCAAUACAGUAGAAAGGUCUUCUACUCCAUUUACAGAAUUCUCAGAUAAUUCCUCUAUUUCACCUGGAAAGAAGACUAACCCCAAAAUGUCAGCUUCACCAUCCUCCAAAAGAUAUCAAAUUGGUUCACAUGAUGAACUGUCAAAGUCUCUUUCUCUUCAAAACCUUCCUUCAUCCCUGAAAGUACAAGCAUUAGGACCAGCAGAAAUACAAAGGUGCAAAUCUUCAGUAUCAUCCCAAAUUAAUGUCCGCAACAAUAACAAUAAUAACUGCAGAGGGUCUAAAGUACCAAAAGUGAAUUUAGAUGAUGCUAUAAGCCUUGCUUCAUCAUCUCUGUCCACUUCUCCUCAUAAUUUGUCUGUUAAGGAACAUCUUGGUGAUGACUCUUUAGAUGAACUCCUCUUGGGGGUUGAAAAUAUUGGCCUUGUACCUCGCAUUGAUGGUGAUGGAAGUGAUGUGCCAUUACCCUCCUCUCUAUUAAAGGACUCUCAAGAUUUAACCAUUUCAAGAUUAAGUGACCAACAAGAAAUUAAACAAGCUUGGCAGAAAAAUACAGCUUUCCAUUCACCAGAGUUAGUUCGGUCCAACUUUUCUCCAGUUGGGACUGAUUCUCCACUCCGCUUACAGGCAUCUGUUGCCACAGUGGAUGUAACCACCAGCUCUGGGAUAGCUAGCCUCUGUGAUAUGUCCACUGAUUCCCCAGUCACUUGUCUGACUAAGCGACAAUCAAAGGUCUCAUCAGACAUAGUGACUGAUGCAAGCACUAAUUUUGCUAACUCUGGAAUUCGACGUGGCUCUUACACGCUGCUGGAACCAUCAAUCAACUUGGUUAAACUUGCUCAGCUUACACCAUCUCCAACCACAGACAAUCACAACAGCUCUAGUAUUUCAGAAAAAAUUCCCUCCUAUGCAGAUUUUGAGACACAACUACACAAAAGGAUACCAUCUAAAAACCAGAGCCCCAAAUCUGUUCGACCAGAUAUUGCUACCCCUAGUAGAGAAUGGCGGCUCUCAAAUAUUGAUAAGAUUUCUGCAAACUCUCUUAAAAAGGAUGUUGAGAAUAUGCUUAAAGAUGAAACCUCCACAAAUGUUUCCGUGGACUCUCCACUCCCUUCUCCAUCUCUCACCAAUGACAAUCCAUUAGACUGGGACAAUAAAAUUGAGGAUCAAAUGAAGUGUUUCUUUUCUGAAAAGAAAAAUUCUUAUUUCCAAUUGAAGAAAGACUUCAAUGAUUGGCAAGAGAAAAUGGAGGUAGCAGAACAAAAAUUUAAAAAAACCCUUGAAAGUAUAACUUUACCCAGACAAGUAUCUGAGAACUGGAAACCAGGCCUUGAUUUCUUGACUCCUGACAUCAGUUUUACAUCUACAGAGCAUGGGCAGAUAGAAACUCCAGUCAAACAGUUAUUUGAGCCACAAACUCCAACUGUCUCACCUGUUUCUUCCCAGGUGUCAGGGGAAGUGCUAGCUGAUAAUGUUCCAAAGCCUACCAAGUCUAGAAAUCAUGGCCUUGAGAAAAUUUCAGCUGCUGUUAAGGGUUUUCUCACCAGAAGACUAUUGUCUUGUCCUAAAGUAGUAUCCUUGAGAAAGACCAUACAAGAAUGUGUGAAACUUUUGGAGGAUAUCGAUAAUUCUCAUACUGACUUUAUCAACAGAAUAAACAACCAGUUGGAGUCCUCACGGCAAGAGAUUCAUGCUAUUUUCUUUGAUAAAACACUUGAAGAAAGAAUGGUAUUGAUUAGACAAUCACGUGAGUUACCAAAGAAAAAAUCUAUAAAGAAUAAAGUUCCACAGUUAAGCUAUGCCACACAAAAAUAUCAAAUGCGUAAGAAAGCAGAGAAAGCUCCAAUGCUUGACAAAAAUAUUCAUGCUGGCAAAGUUGCAUCUAUCAAGCAAAUAGCAGUUUGUUCUUCAAUAAAAUCUCCAAAACCUAAUAAGGAUACUGCGAAAGUAAAACAAGAAAAUCGAUCUGUGCGUAAAAUUGCUCCACCAAAUGUACCAAAGAAGCCCAACAAAAUAGUUUCUGUUGCAGGCAAAAUGACUGCCACUCGUAUUGUUGCAACAAAAGCAAAUGCUGGUCCCCUGAGGAAUAAUACUUACAAACCAUGGCGUUGA